CACGGAGGCAGCAUGGGUCCGGCCCUUCACUAGCCUCCGCGGUGGACGAUUAGCAGCCCCAAAGAGGGAUGAAUCAGAUCGGAGUGGAACCGCUAACCUUUGAUCUUACUGCACCUGAAGUUUGGUCGUCACAAUGAACGGCACUGUGCAGAGUGAUGGCAAGCGACAGAAACUUUUAGAGCGGUUACUAGAUGCUGUCAAACAGUGCCAAAUCCGCUUUGGAGGACGAAAAGAGAUUGCAACAGACUCGGACAGCAGGGUAAUCUGUCUCUGCGCCCAGUUCGAGGUGGUGCUGCAGCAUGGGUUGAGAAAGAGUCGAGGUCUCGCUCUCACCGCCGCCGCCCUCAAACAGGCUGCAGGCUUCAGCAGCAAAGCCGAAGGAGAGUUCACCUUCUGGUUCUAUGUGAAGGAGCAUCUCAACCGGCACGAGCUGCAGCGCUUCUACUCCCUCCGCCACAUUUCAUCCGAGCUGGGGCGGGGUCGGGCCUGGCUGCGCUGUGCUCUUAAUGAGCAUUCUUUGGAACGCUACCUGCACACACUGCUCGCUGACCGACCACGCCUCGGCACUUACUAUGAAGACUGGGCUUUUAUGCUUGAUGAAGAGCGAGCCAGUAUGCUGCCCACCAUGGCUGCAGGUUUGAACUCCAUCCUGUUCGCCAUCAACAUAGACAACAGUGACCUGAACGGGGGCCCGACAAGAAGCGGAAGCUCCACCAUGACUCACCUCCUCAAAGAGUCCACGCAGGGCAUCGGCAGCCUGUGGAAGGAGUCCGCGCAGGGGGUCAGCAGCCUGCUUCGAGAGAUCACUGCCACUGCUGUGGUGCCAGGCUUCAGCCCCAGGGUGGACGCAGCCUCGGACCCACUACCAGUCCUCCCGCGCAGCACCUCCGCUGACUCUGGGCUGCGGAAGGAGCGGCGCAGGAGAAAGAAGAUCACUAAUAUAAUCUCCUUUGACGAUGAUGUGGAGGGAGGCGCUGAGGAUGAGGAAGAGUGUGAGGAGGACUUCCCCAAAAUUGGUGGACUUUGCAAGACUCAGGCCGAUCCCGUUCAGAGCAGCGUUGAGGAAGGCAUUGAUCUCUUGGAGCCGUCGUUUCCAGAGUCGCCUUCUCACAACGGGCUGGAUGACACAGCUGCACUAAACAGGAAGAGCAUAGAUAACGAGGAGGAUGAGGAUGAAGAGGAGGAUGAGGACGACAAAUACAAACACAGAGCACGAAUCCAGGAGGACGAGAGGAGCAAUGACCAAGUGGUGGUGGGAAGUCUGUCUAGCGUGUCCACGUGGAGCCCCGUGCCGGUACUUAUGGACCACAGGAGCUCGGACAUCCUCAUCCCCGUUAAUGCCGCCACCCCACAGCCAGUUUCAGUCAACUCCGUAGAGGACGCUGCGUCCUUUCCUCCUCAAUGUGAGUCAUCAGCGGCAGUGGAAGACUGUGAUAGCCACAGAUCACGGCCACCUCUGAAUAUGGAGUCCAGUCAGUUGGCGCUGUCUGCGCCGGUCAGUGGUACGCUGCCAACAUCUGCUCUGCCAGAGUCCAUGACAGUCGUGGAGCUGCGACAGGCCAUUGUUGCCAUGAUGAACAGGAAGGACGAGCUGGAAGAACAAAAUGGGUCUCUUCGUAGUCUGCUGGAUGGGGAAAUGGAGCAUUCAGCAGGUCUCAGGCAAGAGAUUGAGGUGCUGAAAAAAAGGCUGGCUGAACUGGAAGAAAGGCACACAGCAAAGGUCCAGGCACUAGCCAGGGAGAAUGAGGUCCUGAAGGUCCAGUUGAAGAAGUAUGUGGGGGCGGUGCAGAUGCUGAAGAGAGAGGGGAGCCAGGGCAAUGAUGCUCUGUCAGUAUUACCGACGAGUGAAGAAAGCACCCCUGCCCCUCAGAGUAAAUGCAUGGGCGACAUAGAAGAGUUGGCUGCCAGCUACGAACGUAAACUCAUAGAGGUGGCCGAGAUGCACGGAGAGUUGAUUGAGUUUAAUGAGCGCCUAUAUCGCACCCUCAUGGCCAAGGACCACCUCAUUGUGCAGAUGAGACAGGAACUUAUUGAGCUGAGAGGACCUGUCCCAGGGGAUUUGAGUCAGACGUCAGACGAUCCCAGCCUCUCUGAUUUUGAAACGGCCCAUCGUGCGCUCAUCAAUGUGUGGAUCCCUUCUGUGUUCCUGCAGGGCAGAGCUGCCAACGCCUACCACGUCUAUCAGGUUUAUAUCCGCAUCUUGGACAAUGAGUGGAAUGUGUACAGGCGCUACACUGAGUUUAGGGAGCUGCACAACCGCCUGAGGUCCCAAUUUCCUCAAGUGGACACAUUCAACUUCCCGCCAAAGAAAGCCAUCGGGAACAAGGAUGCCAAGUUUGUGGAAGAGAGGCGGAAGCAGCUGCAGUGUUACCUUCGUAUGGUCAUGAACAAAGUGAUCCAGACGUUGCCAGACUUCACGGCCCGUCCCACCAAGGAGACCCUGAUGUUAUUGCUACCUUUCUGUCUGGACACACCUCAGACCAACGAAGGCAGCCACACGACACCCCGCUCCAAAACGUCAUCCCGCUUCCCGAGACUGGGCCGCGGCCACCACCAGGAAGCCAGAGCCGAACCCCAGAGUGGCGACCUCUAACACCCAACCCCCCCACCUUUUUUUUUUUUUUUUUUUUUUAAAUUGUAAUUCUCAUGUUGCUGAGGACAGGAGCCCCACCUGCGUCCACACAGUCAUUGCAUUGAAGACUUUGUGGGCAUCUGUCUGCCAUAACGUUUUGGCCAAGUGACAGCCGAGGCAAUUGGAGAGUAUUUAAAUAUAUGAGUUGCCUGAUGGAAGGCAUAAGUGACACUCAAGAGGCUGGACCAAAUCGCACAGCAGCACCUCUUACCUCAUUGAGACAAGUUGAACUGCCACUAUGAGAUGCUGGCUUUUCUUUCUUACUAUGCUCCUUUUUGCAGUAAAGGUGUGUGUAGUUACAGUGCCUACAUGAUAUAUUACAGCUCCGUUGAUAGCUGAUACAUAGCGAGCGGUUAAGUGUAUUUACUCCGUCUGCUUUAUGGUGCCAUUACAUUUUAGCUAAUGCUGAUAUCCAAAUCAGGCAGAACAGUGUUCUGGUGGUGUCCACUUACAGUUCCAAGGUUCACUGUUUGAAUCCCAGGUACUGUAUGGAGUUUGUACAGUAAGUUCGGUGUAGAAAAUGGAUAGAUGAAUGGAUAACUUACAAUCGCUGGUUUGGACCACCAGGUAAUGUAUUAUUCUUUCCACAAUAUAUUUCCCUUCCAUUUUUCACAAACAGCAUCAUAAUGUCCAACAGUUAGUUUAUUGUGGCUCAAAACACCUCCAUACACGAGGAUGAAGGUUCUAUACCACUGAAACAAACGGGAAUCUUUACACAUCAUACGUACACCAAGAAUCGUUACGCCCAAGUAUAAUGGUCUUUCUAUGAUGCCUUGAAUUGCAGGUUUUGACACCAAUACGUCAAGUAUGAAAUUCCUUGUUUAAGGAAGCAGGAUUUAACAGCGCGUCAUAAAGAAGACUAAACACUUGAAGUGAAGCAGAGCUCCUCGGUAUGAGUGCAAGGAGACCGCUUGUGACUCAACAAGUGUGUGUUAUAGGCGCUCAUAUAUAUCUAGAGCGCCCCCAAGAUCCCAACCAGACUUAUGGAUUCACGAGGACUGAUUGUGUCCUGCGAUUUCUCCUCGGAAAUGUUGAAGCUGAGCGUCAGUGUUUUUUUGUCACCAUCUGACAAAACAGGCUUGCUUGUUUUUUCUUUCCGGAAACAUUGCUUUCAUUUAGCUGUUCAAUAAAGACAAAUCAGCUUGGAAAGAAAA